AUGGCUUCCUCCAAGCCCACUAUUGUCCUUGUUCAAGGCUCAUUCCAGACUCCACCGGUCUAUGCAAAGCUGUUCACUGGCCUUCGCGACGCUGGAUAUCCAGUCAUCCAUCCGCCACUUCCAAGCUGUUCAGACGUGCAUUCUGAUGACUUGACAUCUCGCACCCUAACCGAUGAUGCACUCGUCAUCACCAAAGCCAUCACGCAACUCGUCGAGGAAGAAAAGUACGUGGUUGUCGCCAUGCACUCCUACGGCGGUAUUGUAGGCAGCGAGGCUAUUCCCGAGAGCCUGACUCGUACAGCCCGCCAAGCGCGAGGCCAAAAGGGCGGAGUGAUCCAUCUAUUCUAUUAUGCCGCCAUGGCUCUCAAGAAGGGUCAAUCAAUCCUUGGGGCCCUUGGACAGUCACCCAAUAAUGAUAUUCAGCCCGAUGGCCGAUCCUGGAUCAAGAAUGGUGCCAGAACGCUCUACAAUGACCUCCCAGCCGAGGAGGCCGCAUUAUGGGAGUCCCGAUUAAUACCGCAGUCUCACUUGGUGCAAACGACCUGUGUUACUCGCGCCGCGUAUGAGUAUCUUCCAUCGACUUAUCUGGUGUGUGAGAAUGAUCAGGUGCUUGCACCACAGCAUCAGGAGAUGUUUGCUGCGUUGGUCCAGGCGGAGGUUGUUCGGUGCAGCGCUGGACAUUCGCCCAUGCUUAGCCAGCCGGCUAUGUUGGUGGAGAGAAUUGCAGCGGUGGCUGAUCGGGUCAGUGCAGUGUGA